AUGUCUAAUUCCAGCCAUGGACAAGAUGAUGUCGAACGCCAGAGCAUCCUACUGGCGUCCAAAAAGGUACCGGACUUGCAAGAGCGCGCAGGACAGGGCUGUUUCAUUUGCUUGGACAGUCAUAACCAAGGACAAUAUGCUGUUCUUGUACCGUGCCUACGACCGAUAAAGUCUCGCCAGAUAAUGGGACAUAUCAAAUGUUGCACUGGCAAGUCAACACUGAUAUAUGAAGAAGAUUCGCCCUGGGACAGCGCCUGCGAAUCUGAUUACGAGAUCUACCACAGAUUGCUGGACACGUGCUAUCGGCAUUUGGGCCGAUGGAAGAGAUGGUUGCCUUACUAUGGAAUCACUGAAGUGCUAGAGGUUAAAUUUCAAUUCGCGGGUAUUGUCGAGUCGGGUGGGCGCUAUCCAAUCUAUAUGGAACCCAUCAGCCUCAAGGAUGUCUCUCAAGAAUGCGAGAAGACUAUAGCAAGGCAUCCGACCGGUCCGUAUUCCGAUAUUGAGGAUGCAUGUCUGGGUGGCUCCGAGCAUAGCGACCAAUGCAUAAUUGGUAUGCAGGAGUUGUCUCAACCAUGUAUCAGAAUUGAAGCAGAUGAGGCAGAGCAGCGUCGCAAACGGCUCCUAUUCUUAUCGCAUUUAAAGGACUGUGCUCGUGACCCCACGAAAGCCAAUGGGCUACACAGUCUGAAGGGUCUGGCGCAAGAGAGCUGCAUCUACGACAUAAAGUAUGUCUGCCAUCUAUUUAUUCUAUCUCCCUCCUUUCACCCUGCUGGAGGAAGCAACCAAAUUCUGACCUAUUUAGGGGUUUGGACAAAGUCGCUUUGCCUCUUCCAUAUCAAGAGUUUCAAGGUACAACGUGGAUAA